AUGGAUGAUACAUCAAAUAGUUGUCUUGAAGUUGCUAGAGCAGAAAAGUCAGGUGCAGAGCAGCCAUCAGCAUCUUCAGAAAGACUAGUUAGAGAGGCCAAGAACAGGGACCCAGCAGAGAAACCUCUGCUUUCAGAAGCUACAGGUACUGCGCAGUACACAGGGUGUGCAGAGGAGGACUGGAAGGAACAGUCCUCUCUGGAGCAGUCAAGGAAGGGACAGAAGCUGCCGAGUUUAGCACAGUGGGAAUCACUUUGCGAAGGACUAGGCAAUGAAGUGACCAGAAAUGAUGGGGAGGAUGGACUUGAGCCAAAUGCCCCAUUCAGUGCAUCAUCUGAGAGCAUGUCUCUUGUCACCAAUGAGAAUGAUCGUACUUUACUUGAAAUAAGAGAUUCAGGAAGAGAGGAACAAACAUCUCAAAACUUGGUACUGUCAGAGGAUAUGGCAACUGGGACAGUAACAGGGAGCAUGAUCGAGGAUGAUGAAGCUCUUAGGAGGGCUAGGGCUAACUGUGAUGAAACUAUCCAGUCUGAGAAGUUACGUCUUGAUCAGGAUGGUUUGCCUGGCAAAGCAGUUCAACAGGACUACCACAUGCCUGAUGUCAUAACUGUUAGGGUACAAAGAGAUUCUGAUUCAUUCCAAGAUGUAGUUGUAAAAAUUGAAAGACCUACCUAUCAUAAACCAUUUCUGGGUGGAUUUAAGAACAGGAUAACAGGAGUGGAAUUUCAUAAUGCAGGAUCACAAACAAUACCCAAACCUCGACCUGACAAAGGAAUUAAAGUAUUUUGUAGGGAAACACAGACGGUUUUUGAGAAAAAUAAGCCACAACAAACAAAAAACACAACAUCAACACAGAUGACUAAAAUUGGCCUGUAUGUGUCAAAUACGACUGACAAACUAAUAAGCCCUGGAAAGUAUUUUACAGCAGAAGAAUACCAUAAACGUAGACUUGAAGCAGUAAUAGUAUUACAGACAUAUUUCCGUCGUUGGCAUGCUAUAAAUGUAGUGCAAAAUCUGAGGGAAUUAAAAAGGCUAAGGUUGGCAUGGGAAGCACAAGAAGAGUUACAGAGAAAAAAAGCAAAAGAAGAUAAACUGAGAAGGGAGUAUGAACGAAGACUGAACCCUAAAACAAAAGAAGAUUUUGAACUACUGUACCAUGCUGUAGAAUUAUGGAGGCGGGAGGAGACUGAGAAGAUUAACAGAAGUCUUACUGGAGCUGAAAGAAAGGCUGCACUUUGUGGACUUCUGGAACAAGAGGCACAGCUGAUUGCUUCCAUUGGAAGACACAAACUAAAUGCAGAUGAGGAGAAUCAACAGAAAGCAAUACUGCACUUUCUGGAUAAGUGUGCACAGCCUAAGAGAUGGGAAGCAUAUGAUGGAAAAAUCACUGAAAUGGAUACGCAGUACACACUCCGUGCCAGAGAGCUGUUUGAAAUCUACUUCAGCAUUAGCAUGAAAGGCAUCCCAAAAGAUGAGAGAAUAGAUGUGCUGUUAACGCUCAGACAUACAGUGAAGGAACAUGAAUGUAAACUAACACAAGAAAUAGUGGAAUUAAUUGACAGGGAAGUUGAUCUUAUGUCAAGAGAGGUGAAAGAAUGCAACCUAGAAGGUCUGAGAAAAAGAAUCCGUACAUUAUUUCUUCAAUAUACUAAAAAUCCAAAGUUUAACCCUGAAGUUGCUAGGAUACUUAAGGUUCCACCAGAUCCCCUAAAGCUCUAUAAAACUGUUCAUUUCUGUCAGAGUUGCAAAAACCACUUAAUGUCUACUGAGUUUCCAGUUCCUGCUAAUUCCCGCACCAUUGGCAGAUGUCGUUUGUGUUACAAGCUUGACAAUGAGGCUCGGCAGCGAGAAACAUUUUUGAAGUACAAGCUUAUUCUAGAAAAUCUCAGAAAGUCUGAAGCUGAUUACCAAGAUGAUGCUAAAAUUGUUUUCUCAAUUCAGCAUCAAGAUCUGCAGUACAUGGUUGAGACCAUAUGGGGUUGUCAGUCAGCUCUCAGUGCCUGCAGUGACCUCUAUGAUUUGGUUAUGGUCAGAUGGGAUAAGCAGCAUGAGUGGUCUCCAUGGAACACUAUUCUCCUCACGGAAGAUGAGGCAGAUGUACAUCUUAAGCUGUGUAACCUUGAGAAGGCUUAUGAAGCAACAUUUAUUGAUGGAAUAAAAGAUAAGCAUAUCCAGGCAAAAACCUACUUUGCUCAGUUUCCAGCGAUGGCAUUGUUUUUGCAAAGAAGUGACAAUCAGGCUAAUGCAAAUGGAUUUUUAAUAGCUACACCCAUUCCUCCUGUUAUAAAACCAUAA